UUAGGGUUUGACUUUGUUGUUUUCAUGUUUUUCCCUUGAAAAUGGCCACGAAGCUAAAUGUAAAUAUUCGGACCCUGCUGACCAACUGCGAGGACCUGGCCAAAAAUGAGGAGAACUUCUGGCGGCUGCAGAAGUUCAUCAAGUCGCUGGACACGAUGCUCGCAGAACUGGAGGCAAUGGACGAUCCGCAGAGUGCCACCCGGAUUCCCGGCUAUACGGAGCGUCUGAAGGCCCUAAAAAUAUCUACGGGAUUCGCGGAAACCGCCAGUUCCACAACAAAUUCUCCCUCGCAAUCUUCAACCGUCAGCGAAGCUGGGGAAAAUGCACUGAAAGAAAUGAGACAGCUGCAGAACACCAAACAUCACAACGAACUGCGGAAAGAACUUUUGCAGGAUGGCGAUGCCCUGCGAAGACGUCGAGGUGUGGAGGACUCCCCAUCUAGUCCCGGUGGAGCUAGCGUACAGGGAACAUCUGGCGAAAAUAUGAAUGAGGCUGCCAAGUAUUAUACGAAUGCUCAGGAAAAGAUCACAGAGCACAUGCUGUCGCUGACAAGGAAUCUGAAGGAGCAGACAGAGACUGCUAACAAGAUUAUCCGCAGGGAUACGGAGAUUGUGUCCCGCUCUGCCGGAAUGGCGGAUCGCAAUAUUAAUUCCCUAGGAAAAGAGGCUGAGAAACUGGAGCAGCAUUCGAAAAAAGCCUACAAGUGCUGGCUCUGGCUGAUGAUUGUCUUUGUUAUUGUCACUUUUAUAGGUAUGGUGUUGUUCAUGAAGAUAAUGAAGAAGAAGAAGACGUAAUGGCUGUCUCCAAACAAAUCAAACUAAAGAUUGUACUCUAAGCAAGCUUAAAGCGAUCGUUCCGCUCCCGAGUUCAAGAGGUUAUCCCCAGAACCCCCAAGACCCUGUAAACAGACCCACAUUAAACGAUCGAAAGCCGCCCAGCGAUUUAUUUAUGAA